AUGGCUGAUAACGUGUCGUCAAGUUUCUUUUCCUUACUUAAGACUUUUAUAUUUUCAGGCACUACUAAAAAAGCGAUAAAAACGAGUUCCAACGACAAGGAAAUUCUUUCAAAUGGUCACAAUGAGAUGAAUGGGCACACAUCAGAUGAUUCAACUGAUAUGAAAAUGAAGACUGCAAAAGACGAAAAUGGCUUGACAGAGGAGUCCGAUGUACUUGAAAUCAUUCAAGAUGUCGGGGUUUCUGUUCAGAUUUUGAGUCCAGGAGUUGAGCCUUUGUCAAUUCAAGUUUCAAGCAUGGAAUUGGUUCAAGAGAUUCACCAACUGUUGAUGGAUCGUGAAGACACUUGUCAUCGAACUUGUUUUUCUUUACAACUCGACGGCGUGACAUUAGACAAUUUCGCUGAACUCAAGAACAUUGAAGGGUUGAAAGAAGGUUCAAUUGUAAAAGUGGUUGAAGAACCUUACACAAUGCGUGAAGCAAGAAUUCAUGUGCGUCAUGUUCGAGAUUUGUUGAAAUCCAUGGAUCCAGCUGACGCUUAUAAUGGCGUCGAUUGCAGUUCGCUAACUUUCUUGCAUAUAAUCACACAAGGUGAUUUAUUAGAAAAGAAAAAGACUCGACCAGAUAGUGUUGACUGCACACCACCGGAGUACAUAAUGCCAGGUGCAAAAGAACGUCCUUUGCUGCCACUUCAACCAGGCGUUAAUAACAAGAAUCAAAAAAGUCCACAAGCCAUUAAAGUGUUGACGACAUCAGCAUGGAACCCUCCACCAGGUCCUCGAAAGCUUCACGGUGACUUGAUGUACUUGUAUGUGGUGACGAUGGAAGACAAACGCUUUCAUAUUUCGGCAUGUCCUCGUGGAUUUUACUUGAAUCAGUCAACAGAUGAUGAAUUCAAUCCACGUCCUAACAAUCCAUCAUAUUUGUGUCAUUCACUCAUCGAUUUGUUAUCACAAGUUUCACCAGCAUUUCGUCGAUCAUUCUCAUUAAUGCAGAAGAAAAGAACACAACGACAUCCCUUCGAACGUGUCGCAACACCAUAUCAAGUUUACACAUGGUCAGCACCAUCUUUAGAGCAUACAAUUGAUGCUAUUCGUGCUGAAGAUACUUUCUCAUCAAAGUUGGGAUAUGAAGAACAUAUUCCAGGACAAACACGCGACUGGAAUGAAGAACUUCAAACAACAAGGGAACUGCCAAGAAAAUCACUUCCUGAACGUUUAUUACGUGAACGUGCAAUAUUUAAAGUUCACAGUGACUUUGUUACGGCUGCGACACGUGGAGCGGUUGCUGUCAUUGAUGGAAAUGUGAUGGCAAUAAACCCAGGAGAAGAAGCCAAAAUGCAGAUGUUUAUAUGGAAUAAUAUUUUCUUCUCACUUGGCUUCGAUGUUCGUGAUCACUACAAAGAACUUGGCGGUGAUGCAGCCGCAUUUGUUGCUCCACGUAAUGACCUUCAUGGUGUUCGUGUUUAUAGUGCUGUUGAUGUUGAAGGACUUUAUACACUUGGAACAGUUGUCAUUGAUUAUCGUGGUUAUCGCGUCACUGCUCAAUCAAUCAUCCCAGGAAUUCUCGAGCGAGAACAAGAACAAUCUGUCGUUUAUGGAUCGAUUGACUUUGGAAAAACAGUUCUUAGCCAUCCAAAAUAUCUCGAAUUAUUAAAUAAAGCCGGGCAGCAUUUGAAAAUUCUCCCUCAUUCAGUCAUCGAUGAUGCGAAUCAAGAAAUUGAAUUAUGUUCAUCAGUUGAAUGUAAAGGAAUUAUUGGAAAUGAUGGACGUCAUUACAUUUUAGAUUUGUUACGAACUUUCCCGCCAGACGUUAACUUUUUAAAACUUGACGAUGUUGAAUUUUCGAAAGAAGUUAUGGAUAAAGGAUUUCCAAUUUAUCACAAACAUAAAUUGAGUUGUCUACGUCAGGAACUUCUUGAAGCUUUCGUUGAAGAUCGCUACGUCAUGUUCAUAAAAUUCGCAGCUUUCCAUCUUCAACAAUUAAAUAACACAAAGAAGCUUGAACAAAAUCAGCAGAAGGAAUUGCGUGAGAUCAAAGAUUAUGAUAACACAGAUGACAAAAAAGAUGAUGAAAGGAAGGAAAAAGAGAACGAAAAGAUUGACACAGAAGAAGCUAAAAAGCUCGUUGAGUCGAUUUCAUAUGAGAAACAGGCAGCUGAUUCCAAGGACGUUGUAAAGCGAGCAUGUGCAGCCGUGGGAUCGCUUAAAGAGACUGAAUUUGAUAUUCGUUUCAAUCCUGAUGUCUUUUCGCCAGGUAUUCGUCAUGUUGAUAUGACAGAAGAUCAUCAAGGUUCAUUGAAGAAUCAGAAGAAGCUUGUGCGUGAUGCAGCUGAAUUUCUGCUUCUUCGUCAAAUCCCAAAUUUUAUUCACGACUGCUUAGACCACUCAUCAGCGCCAAUGGAUGGCAUAACGCUUACAGAACAACUUCACAAUCGUGGAAUUAACAUCCGAUAUCUUGGAAAAGUUGCAAAUCUUCUCGCUGCUGUUCCUAAUUUGGAAUAUUUGUACACAAUUGCAAUCUCUGAACUUAUAACACGAGCUGCGAAACAUAUUUUUAAUUAUUACAUUCAAAAUGCUGAUAUGAUGUCGAUGUCGAUUGCCAUAAGCCAUUUUUUGAACUGUUUCUUGACAACACAACCCGUCGUUCAACCACCACAAAUUGCCAGUGAUGAGUUGUUCAGAUCAAGUAAACGACGUUACAAUAACAAGAAGACUACUUCAAAUAGCACUUCAAGCAACAAAGCACUCAACGCAAAUGGAUCGGACAUAAAUGCCAAUGAAUGGGUGUCACUCACACAAAAAGGCCUUUGGCAACAAAUUAAGAAGGAAUUGAAGUUUUAUUGGGAUUUUGACAUCACAUGUGACUGUAACAUCGAUAAAGUUGUGGAAUAUUAUAAACUUCAGAAGAUCAGUCUCAUGCGUGCCUUCAAUUUGAAAAUUGGUCUUCAAAUAUUACUUCGCGAAUAUAAUUUCGAGUCAAAGAACAAGCCAACUUUUAACGAGGAUGAUAUCAUAAAUGUUUUCCCUGUGGUGAAACAUAUCAAUCCACGAGCAACUGACGCUUACAAUUUCUACACAACUGGUCAAAAUAAGAUUCAACAAGGAUACUUUAAAGAUGGUUACGAAUUGAUAAGUGAAGCAUUGAAUCUUUUAAAUAAUGUUUAUGGUGCUAUGCAUCCGGAAAAUGCACAAUGUUUAAGAAUGUUGGCACGCUUAAGCUAUAUUAUGGGAGAUCCGCAAGAAGCUUUAGCUAUUCAACAGCGUGCAGUGUUAAUGAGUGAACGCGUUAAUGGAAUUGACCAUCCUUACACAAUCACCGAAUAUUCACAUUUGGCGCUUUAUUGUUUCGCGAAUACACAGAUCUCGACAGCAUUAAAACUGCUUUAUCGUGCACGUUAUCUUGCCAUUCUUGUUUGUGGCGAAAAUCAUCCCGACAUUGCAUUGAUGGACAGCAACAUCAGUUUGAUUCUUCAUGCAGUAGGUGAAUACGAACUUUCUUUACGCUUCUUGGAGCAUGCACUCGCUCUCAACAUUAAAUAUCAUGGACCGAAAUCUUUGAAAGUUGCUGUGAGCUAUCAUCUUGUCGCACGAACUCAAAGUUGUAUGGGAGAUUUCAGAUCAGCAUUGAAUAGUGAGAAGGAGACUUAUGCCAUUUAUAAACAACAGCUUGGAGAACAGCAUGAUAAGACAAAAGAAUCGUCCGAAUGUUUACGACAUUUAACACAACAGGCAGUUGUUCUCCAGAAGAAAAUGAACGACAUAUAUACGAAUGGAAAACUAACAUCCGGUUUACCACCUAUUCACAUUCAACCGCCAUCAAUGGGAAGCGUCUUGGAUAUGCUAAAUGCCAUCAAUGGAAUCAUUUUUGUGCAGAUUAAUCCUAAAGACAUGGCAAACCUGAAGAAUGAAAUUGAACGUCAGAAAGAAGGAAGUCCAGUUGAAAACAAUGAAGAAGUGAAAGAUGCAAUCGAAAUGCCUAAAGACGAAGGAAUGAUUCAAACACAGUCAGCUGUCCAAAGUUGA